UAUCAUGUGACUUCGUGAACACACGGCCACAACAUAAACAGUCGGGAAGUUACAACGUGAAUCGUGAAAUACCGGGAAAUUUAUCCGUGCUCGGCUGGGAAUUUGCGAGAAUUUGUGAGAGAAAAAAGCCCGUUUUUCACUUUGAAAUACAAAACUUCCGUUGGCAAAACCUUUGUUCCGGAGCUUUCAUCACUGACUCCUCGAAUCUAGGUGGAAUUGGAGAGGACAGAAUAGCCCUUCCAGGCUUCAAUAACACGCUGGCGGACCAAAUGAGUGAAAUUAUAAAACGAUUUGUGUGAACGCCGGUCGAAGGAUUCGUUUGCGAAGAUGACAGAACUUGAAGCGACCGAGGGGAAUCUUAUACAGAGCAUAAUCAACGACCUGAAGAACAGUGCACCGGUCUGGGAUGACUUUGUUGGUAAAGCGGGCAAACUCCAUUCAGCUCUCAGGGCCACCGUAAGCGCGGCGGACUCUUUCCUAGAUGCUUUCCAGAGGGUCGCGGAUGUGGCUAACAAUUCGAGGGGGUCAUCGCGAGAUAUCGGCCAAUCUCUGACUAAGAUGGUCAUGAGACACAAGAGUAUUGACGGCCAGCUCAAGGCACUCAUCGGACUGCUUUAUGACUCCUUAAUUUCACCCCUUCAAUCAAACCUGGACGAAUGGAAACGGGGUGUCAGUCAACUUGACAGGGACCAUGCCAAAGAAUACAAGAAAGCUAAACAGGAGAUGAAAAAGAUCACUGCAGAGACAAUCAAAUGGCAGAAAAAGGUCAAGAAAGGAAAAACGGAACACCAAGACCGAUUAGAUGCUGCAGUUAAGGCUGCCAAUCUACAGCUCAGUGCAUUUGAGGAACAAGAGCGGAAAUACCUGCGCAAGACUCUGAUUGAAGAGCGUGCCAGAUACUGCACCAUGGCUUCAUGCGUCAAGACAGUUGUGGAGCAAGAAAUAGCUAUGUUGGGAGAGAUCAAUCACCUGGAGUCACUUGUCGCAGACAUUGCUCGCCAGACCUACAACCCCGCCGUGCUACCUGUGGUCGGGGAGGACCUGGUGCGGAAUCUACGACUCUCGGACCAUUCCUCUGGUUCGUGGGACGAUGAUCAGACCCCACCACCGAGCCCCACGAAUUACGCGGCACGAAAACAUUCUCACCCGGGUCUCCAGAUGCCAAACAGUCCUACGCACAGGGGAGGGGACAGGGACCCGCCGACUACUCCCCCACCCCCUCCCCCCUCAGAGAAGGACGCGUACUACGAUGCUUUCUCUCGGCACUACUCCUUCUCGGCCAAGCACUCGAGCAACAAGGCGAAGCACCAGCGCGCACACAAGGCGACCACACCUUCUACCUCCCCCAAGAAACACGUGCCCGUGAAUAUGAGGUCGUCGAGUUUCAGCAUCUCGUCCAACUCAUCCUACUCGUCCAUGUCGUCACUUGGAUCCUCGCUCGGGUCACCCUCCUCCGAGUCCCUACCCCACCCCCCACCUCCCCUGACGCCUCAGCACCCCUCAGGGUCAAUGGACCAGCUACCGCCCCCACCCUUCCCAGGCGCUGUGCCCACCAUACCUAGUGCAGGCGUCCCGCGACCACAGGGUGACCGUACCUCUUGGACCACUGCUGACUCUGGCUGUUGCUCGUCCUCGUCAGGAGAGCGAUCCCCUUCCACCUCCAUGGGACAGGUGUACUGCCCCUCUACCGUCCCCGAGUACCCCAAGGAGGACCACUCUGGCACGGGCCCCCAAUAUGCCACGCCCUACCAACAGGUUAUCUAUCAGCGGAACCGCUGUCUGAGCGAAUCAUCCGCGCCACCAGGUCACAGAAGAUGUGAUAGCGACUCCCAGAGCUAUUACUCCGGUAGCAGUGACGGCCAGAGUAUCAUCUCAAGCGAUUCGGGGUACUUCGGCAACAACGCGUGUCAUCCGAACCCCGAUUGGCCUCGGGAGACCUCCGCCCCGGGCGCGCUCUCGCCGCCAAAACAACGAGUCGCGUUUAAUCGAAGCCAGAGCGUAUCUGGUCGACCCAGCGCCGCGCAAGCCGCACAGUUAGCAGUGCUGGCGAGUCACGCGGCACGAAGCCGAAGCGCACCUAUGCCGCCCAUGCGAAAAUCAUCGGUACAGCCGACGUGCCCCGAGAGGGCUACGAAUGCUCCGAGUGAGAUGAUGACUCAUUCCGAACAUACGUCGUCUCCCGAAGAGGAGGAACCGAGUAUGCUACUGCGACAGAUUCAAAUGCAGAGACAAGCCAUUCAAAAAAAGCGGGAUGAAUUCAGCUGAUACUGUGUCAGUGGGAAUGUUAUGGAUAUUCAUGGUACAGGAACUAUGUUUAAAUUUUUGAGUUUGUCCACAUGCAAGGCGCUGUUUGUGGAGAAGAAAUUGGCACGCGAAGUGCAUUAUGAAAAAGGUUGUUUUGAGUACGAGCUUUCGUCGUUCUGGAUGAUAGAAGUUUGAAUUAGAAAUUAAAACCAUUGAAUUGCCUGCAUCAAGGAUUGGCCUAAAGGUUAUUCCAUGGUUUGAUCAGUAGUAUGGGAUUAUUUGCUCACGGUGGAAAUAUAAACGGUAUGUAAACGUUACUGUGGUAUAUCUGUGGAGAGAACGGUUCUUCCUGGGACCUGGGAACAAUAUAAUCUCGGUUUGGUGCCUACGUUUCGUAAUUGUGAAAGUUACCGUGAUAUAUCUGUGGAAAGAACGGUUCUGCCUGGGCCCUGGGAACAAUAUAACCUCGUUUUGGUGUCUACAUCUCGUACUUGUAAAAGUUACCGUGGGAUAACUGUGGAGAGAACGUUUCGUCUGGGACCUGGGAACAAAUAACCUCGUUUUGGUGUCUACAUCACGUGCUUGUAAAAGUUACCGUGGGAUACCUGUGGAGAAAACGUUUUGUCUGCGAACAAUAUAACCUCUUUUUGGUGUCUACAUCUCGUACUUGUAAAAGUUACCGUGGGAUACCUGUGGAGAGAACGUUUCGUGUGUGACAAUCGCUUGCUGUUUUUUCCAUUAUGCUGUAGAGCUGAUGUUAGUUGCUGCCCUGAUAAAGUAGAUUUGCCCGUGAAUGGGACAAAAAUUUGAGUAGGCGUCAAAAUAGAGAUUUAUGAUUCAAAUUUUAUUAGUCAGUUAAAGACGAACAUUAAUUAUUAGGACCGCCACGUUUGCGAUGUUAAGUAUAUGAAGUCAAAAGAUUCUGUUUGAAUAUUAGUAUAUAGUAUUUACCUGAAAAUACACUAAGCAAGAGAGUAUAAUUUAUACAUACUGCUCAAAAGCUCAAUUCUCAUAGUGAAUUGUACUAUCUUAUUGAAGAAUUUAGCUUUUGAUCCAUAGAUGCACAGUGCUGUGUUUAUAGCAAGCCACGUUUGACGCACUCUUUGGAAAUGACCAUUUUGUACAAAAGGCUCAUAAAAAACAACUCUUACAUCCACUUCGACAAACGUGACAUCUUGGGCGAUUUGAGCGCAUUCGGCGUCUAAUCGUAUCAAGCUAGAUCAAUUAUCGAUUUGUAUUGCCGAAAUCCGAAAAUCCCUGAGUCGGGCAAGAGAGAUCCGUCUCGGCCGUUCAAUGAAGGCCUGGGCUCUAGUCUCCAACUUUAUCGAUCACACUGCAGCUUUUGCACCAAAGGUCGACCGAGUAUUUUGCUCUGAGAUUAGAAAAAAAAUGUUGUUUCUAUUGAAAAGCCUCAACUAGAUUUUUAAUAAAAUUAGAAAACGUACAUAAUGGUCAGAGGGUGUGCAUGUUGUUAGAGUAAGUACUGCCCUUAAAAUCAAAAUAAAACAUCUUUCAUCGCC